AUGCCAACGUGUAUCAGACGCCAGGCAGAGAUCGCCAAAGCAUACAAGGUAUUGGCUUUGCGUUAUCAUCCGGACAAGAAUCAAGACAGGAUAAAAGACGCAGAGGUGGGUUUCAAACGCAUUUCUGAAGCUUACUCAGUUCUACGAGAUCCACAAAAGCGAGCAGAGUACGAUCGCACUGGCGGAACUCGUUCUUAUGUCAGCUAUGACGAGGCAGAGCAGAUGUGGCGUCAAUUUGCAAGGGAAGGUGGCCAACAGGUGGAGGAAGAUGCCACACCAAAUCCAGAGCAGAAUAGACGGAAGGUGAUGGCCUGGCUGUUUGUGCUCGGUUUGCUUCUGUUGGUGGCACCCAAUCUGCUCAUCCAAGUCCUGCCGGGCUUAACUGCAGCGGUCAUAGGCAUUGCCUUGUUGACCCGAAGAGAGAAUGCAUCCAAAUGGGCUUGGUGCGCCUUGGCUUUGCUGCUCGCUAGCUACGUGGCGCCAUGGGCUUGGCGCGUGCGGUCAUCCUUUGAACCGAUGCAAGGAGCACAACUUCAUGGUUUAGGAGAAUCGGAUUCCUCUGUGCCCGUUGGCACGCCCAACAGUGGCGAGGAGGUUGUUCUCAGUGAUGGGCAAUUCUUGCGAGUUGCAGACCCAGCACAUCGCAAUGGUCCAGUCAGCGAAGGCUGGCAGCAGCGGAUGCUAGCUGAGAUGACCGACGCUGUCAAGAAGGGCCAAGAACAGGUUCUGAUGGUUUUCUCUCGGGAAGGAUGCCCCUGGUGCCAGAGGCAACUGCCCGUCCUCCAAGCAAUGAUUGCUAAGCGAGCAGGGCUCGGAGGUGCAGCAGACGUGGAGGCCCAGCCAGCCUUUCUGGCACCUUCCCCGGGCACUGCUGCCGUUGGCAUGGCACCUCCACCCAUGAGCCUUGACUCCGCUCCGCUGCGAGUCUUUAUCUUCUAUGCCGAAGAAUUUCCCUAUGUUGCUCAGACCUUCAAGGUGGAGGCCUUCCCGACUCAUAUUGCUUGGGGGCCGCCUGGUGUCCCGCCUUUGGCCGCUCAAGGCUUUCUGGACGAGCAGAAUCUCGAGCAGCUGCUGCACGAGGUUGCUGUGGCUGAGCCGCAGGAGGAGCCCAGCCAGACCGGCUGA